GCGACUGAGCGCCCAGCCGGGCCCAAGUCCGCCCGCGCCCGGCGCGCGGCCCUCGGCCUACGGAGCUGGCGGAGCGACCAGACCGGACCCGAUGUGGCGCAUGCGUGGUUGCGCCACCCGGCGCGGUUGCUGCGGCGGGGAAGGCGGCGGGAGCCGCGGAGAGUCGGGCCGUCCAGGCCGGGCCCAGGAGGGCUGCGGUGGUGGCGUGGGUUGGCGAGGCCGCGCGGGCGGGGCCCGGCGACAGCUGGAGGAGCGCUUCGCUGACCUGGCUGCCAGCCACCUGGAGGCCUUGCGCGCGCGGGACGAGCGGGACCGGCAGAACGCGCGGCUACGCGAGGAGAACGCCCGCCUGAGGCUGGAGAACCGGCGGCUGAAGCGCGAGAACCGCAGCCUCUUCCGCCAGGCUCUGCGGCUGCCGGGCGACAGCGGUGAACGGGAGGCCGCAGUCGAAACCCUCAGCCCGGACGAGCCCGCCACCAACCGCAGGGCGAGAGGCGAAGGCCGUGAGGACGAGCCGGGCAGCCCCAGGGCGCUGCGGGCCCGACUAGAGAAGCUGGAGGUCAUGUACCGCCGGGCCCUGCUGCAGUUGCACCUAGAGCAACAGGGCGCGCGCCCUCCAGGAGUCAUCGAGGAGCCAUCGCUCCAAGAAACUGCCACCGGCCUGCGCGCCCAUGACCCGGACGUUCCGGGGCCCUGGCUCUAGCCAGCGGGCGCGAAGGGAGGUGGAGCUUGCGCGCGCCCCGCCCCCGUAGUGCUCCGCGCCCCGCCCCUCAGCUCGGGGAAGCUUAAGACCUGCACUCCAGCCCCACCCUAGGGCACUUCCGGGAGCCAAAUCCGUUGGCCUGAAGGAUAAAGAGUUUCCAAGUUCCCACUUGUGCAAAACAACUGCCGAGUGCCCUGCUGGUGUGUUGAGAGGGGCCUAGCAAAUCUAAGACCUGCUUUAAAGCAGCAAGAACUGGGUGCCUGGUUGCACCUCUUAAAUUCUUGAAAGUUUGCAAAGUGUUGUGAGGACCAGUUUUUGUCCCCCUCUGACAUUAAUUCUUUGAAGGAUGAAUAGUGUAUUUGAGUUGGUAAUGCCUGUUCAUUCUCCUGUCCACAAAACUCUCUGCUGUUAUUUCUUAUAUGACCCAUCUUUUAAGAAUGUUUUAUAAAUUGCUAUUUCUUGGAUAUCCCAUGAGGUACUACCUUUUUAUAAAGAAGAAAAUAUUUAUAAUUGCCUGUCACUCCAAUCCCCAUAUGUUUAAUAUAUUCGGGUGUGUUGGCCUCCAGAGAUUCUUUUCUUUUUUCUUUUUUUUUUUUUAGAGUAUCUUUUGACAGGUGAUGAUUUGAAUUGAUAAAUAAAACUGGUGCAUUAAAAUCUAAAA